GUCAACUCUCUACCCUCUACAUACCGCAACACGAAGGUACUCAGUCGGCACUCCGCUUGUGGGGGCCUUUGCGCCCGCUCUCCCAUCACUGUGAGGGUUCCUCUGCCAUCUCGGACUUCUCCAUAUACCAAUCUCCCACUGAAACAACGCUUUGAUACUAACCCCAACCUCCCCAGAUCCCUUGCUCCCAUGCAAUCCUCAUCCUGCCCAACCCCACGAAACCUCCUCCAGCUCCCAGAGGACCAAGCAGCCAUGCCCACCUCAACAGCCUGGGUAACCGUCUACCUGCCCGCCGCAACCAUCACCCUCACUCCCCUGCCCGCCGCCGCCGGGAUCCCACCCCACUGGGCCGCCACCCCCGCCUUCCCACCCGGCCUCAUCAUCUUCGCCCUCUUCUUCCUCGCCCUGCUCGGCAUCACAAUCAUCGGCUACACCCUCCAGAACCGCCCCACGCAACCCUCCCCACCACCCGCCUACCCGCUCUCCCCCCCUCAAACCCGACCCCCAGCAGCAGCAGCAGCCGACCCACGCUCCUCCAUCCCCCUCUCACCCUGGCACCAGCCCCCCUCUCGCCAGCCCAGCGAACGCGUGCGCAUGCGGCUGGCGCGCGAGCCGCAGUCCGUCCUCAUCUCGCUGCCGGGGGCCCGGGGGCUGGACUACCGCCGCCGCAGCGAGUGGGGCAGCAUCCACGACCACGGCGACGGGUACCGAGAUCGCCUGGACGACAGCGACGACGUCCCUGGGCGGCCGUCAGGCCCCACAGCGCAGCAUGCGCCGGGGAGCUCGGUGUACACGGACUACGACCGCUCGCGGCGGCCGUCGAGCGCGCCGAGCAUGCCGUCGCCCGUGCGGGGCGAUUUUCCCCACGUUGGGGAGGCCGCGAGGCCGGCGACCGAAGCGCGGCGCGCGGCGGCGGCGGGAGGAGGUGGUGAGCCGCGUGCGUAUAGGGGGUCUGUGGCGCCGACGUCGACGGUGCUGAGUACGCAUAAUCUGGGGUUUGGGAGUAUGCCGCGGGAUCGGUCGAGUCGGAUUAGCAUGCCGAGUGCGCCGGCGGAGAGCGAGUUUGAUACUGUGUUUACGGGGGAUCCGUAUUGAGGGGGUGGGUGGUGGUUGGGAGACAUUUGGAAUCUAGUUUAUUUUUGGUUCAUCUCUUUUUAUAUUUUCUCUCGUUCUCGGUGGAGCUUUUGAGGUAGAGGAUUGCUGGGGGAGUAUAUGACGGCUGGCGAUGAGCAUGAUACCCAAUUUCUGCUUUCUGGCGUUUGGAGACUCGGAUUGGCGCAUAGUUGGGAGAGAGCCGCUUGGGAAGCGUCAGAUAUUCGACACCACAAAUCCUGAUCUCAUCAUCACCCAUCUCACGUCACCACGAACAAACGAAAUAUACUCCAAGACCAAUUUAGAUUACCAUCAGAAAUUAACAAAGCCGGUGAAAUGGGU